GUGUGUCAGUGUAUUGAGUGGAUUAAUUUUCAUUUUUCCUCUGUUCUGUAUUUGGUUUUGCAUUUUUUUGGCAGUAUAGUUAGGUGUCUAGUAAGCAUUUGAUGCAACAUAUGUGUUUGUCAAGUUUGUGAAUUUCUGAUCUCCUCAGUCAAUGUCAAAACCUGCAGUGCCUAAUCCAAAUGCCAAAUUGCUUCCUCGUCUCACGGAGAUUUAGCACACUAUCCAUUACGGCUAAGAUGUGACCCUGUGAUCAAAGACAAGCUGACUGGUGCCAUAACAAAUUGAUCAAAACUCAUUAAAGAAUCAUCAGCCAAGCAAGCUACCUACAUCAAUGGAUUUCCAGCCAUCUUUUAUAAAAGAAAAACUCCUCUUCAGCAUGAACACAACUCCAGAAUGUAUUUUCCCAGUGCUCACAAACUGUUCUCCAGGGAAAAAUCGAACGGAAGUACAAACAGCAAUCCACAAGGCUACACUGGCCACCUGCACCUUGCUGCUCAUACUGGUUUUCUGCCUGGGAUCCUAUGGCAAUGUAAUUGUAUUUUCCUCCUUCUUCAAUCCUGCUUUCAGGAAAUUUAGGACACAUUUUGAUUUCAUGAUCCUGAAUCUGUCUUUCUGUGACCUCUUCAUCUGCCUCAUUGCAGUCCCCAUGUUUGCCUUUGUGAUGUUCAUUGAUAACAGGAGCAAUAUGUCAGAUACCUUCUGUUUUGCAUUCCACCUCACUAGCACAGGGUUCGUCAUAAUGUCUUUGAAAACAGUGGCCGUGAUCGCUCUCCAUCGUCUAAGAAUGGUGCUAGGGCAGCGAACGAAUCAUUCCUCCUCAUUUGUCUGUACACUUCUCCUUACUGUUGUUUUGUGGGUCAUCAGUUUUACCCUAGCCACAUUGUCAGCCAUGACUAAAUACCACAGCUCGAAGAUCUGUGUCCCAUUGCUUGGGCUCAUUAACGAAGAUGGCAAGGCCAUUUUAUACACAUAUGUAGUGGACUUUACCCUCUGUGUGGGCAUUGUUGCAAUUUCUUAUGCUAUGAUUGCUCAAACUCUCCACAAGAAUGCACAGGUACGGCGCUGCCCUGUGAUUACAGUGGUUGACCCCAAAAAGCACGACUGUUUCGUCCAUCCAGAUGGAUCAGGGCCCUCUUUAUACAGAAAGCAGAAAUGCAACAAGACAUCUCAUGUGCAAACACACCUAUAUACACACAAUGAAAGCAAAAAUGUGACUACUUCCAACAAGAAGCUAGAACACACAGUGAACCUUUCAGCUGUUAAGGACUCCAAAGCAGUAGUGACCUGUGUUAUGAUACUAUUAUCAGUGGUCUGCUGCCUGCCAUUGGGCGUAGCUCUGGUGCAUGAUGUCUUAUCCUCAGAGAGCAGCUUUAUCAUCUACCAAUUUGAGCUGUGCGGAUUAACCUUGGUGUUUUUUAGGUCAGGUCUCAAUCCAUUUAUCUAUUCUCGCAACAACUCUGGUCUCCGCAAGAAGGUGGCUUGGUGCACACAGUUUAUGGCCCUCCUGCUGUGCUGCAAGCAGAAAACAAGACUGAAAGCAGUUGGGGAUGGUAGCCUGGUUUUGAACAGGAACAAGUCUUCUCACCACGAUACCAAUUCAGCCUACAUCCUCUCCCCCAAGUCACAAAAAAAGCUCGUAGACCAGGCCUGUGGACCAAGCAAUUCAAAAGACAUCUUCACGUCUGUUGAGUACCAGCAAAAAGCACAUAGUGCCUCCACCCCUAUUAACACUAGGAUGGAGCCAUACUACAGUAUCUACAACAGCAGCAUCUCCCAGGAAGACAGCACCCCUACAAAUUUGCAGCCCAGGAGAUAUACUUUUGGUUCAGUUCAGUCCUACACUGGAAUGUACUACCACAUCUCAAAAACAUCAGACUUCAUGCAGGAUUGUGACAGUACUUCAGCAAAACAUAUCCCCAUCCCUUCUGUCUAAUCAUGUGAACCUUAAAAUGAUAGGAGGCAAACAUAAACCAUAAAGUCAGUGGUGUCAAGAAUUUCUUGCUUGGAAGGUACCUCUGUCAGCAAAUCUCAGUGACUUACGCACCAUUGCUAAUUAAACAACAAUUUAAAUGUAUAUACUGUUAAAAUAUCAAAUAUAACAAUGAACACUGGCGAAUAGCUAAUGAUCUGUAAAAGUCUGAUGCAGCAUGGCUUAUGUAUGCGCCCCUUUGGAAUUAUGUACUCUGCAAAUUGUAUAAUUGUUCACCCAGAACGAAAAAGAACAUGAUAUUUGAGAGCAGAAUGAGCUAAGUUGACAGCAGAGAGACUGGUGUGCAUUAAACUGGCUUAUUGAACAGCUGGAAAACAGGUAUAACUCCAUAUAAAUGAUUACA